GUAGUAUUUUUUCCGAUAUAAAAGCGCUCAAGUUGACAAUUCUUUCUUCUCAUUCCAUUUCCAUUUAUUACGCGUUGGUCUGAAGCUUGCUUCGUUCCUUCUCUUUCUCUCUCUUCGCUUUCUCUCACUAGAUCCCUCUGCGAAAUCUCUACAGAGAAGGGAUCAACAGCCAAAACAAAUGGGGCUGACAUUCACCAAGCUUUUCAGCCGGCUUUUUGCCAAGAAAGAGAUGCGAAUUCUGAUGGUUGGUCUCGAUGCAGCUGGUAAGACAACCAUCCUCUACAAGCUCAAGCUCGGGGAGAUCGUCACCACUAUUCCUACAAUUGGUUUUAAUGUGGAGACUGUGGAAUACAAGAACAUUAGCUUCACAGUUUGGGAUGUGGGGGGUCAAGACAAGAUCCGUCCCUUGUGGAGGCACUACUUCCAAAACACACAGGGUCUCAUAUUUGUGGUGGACAGCAAUGACAGAGAUCGUGUUGUUGAAGCAAGGGAUGAAUUACAUAGGAUGUUGAAUGAGGAUGAGCUGCGCGAUGCUGUUCUUCUUGUUUUUGCUAACAAACAGGAUCUUCCAAACGCAAUGAAUGCAGCUGAGAUCACUGAUAAGCUUGGUCUUCAUUCUCUCAGGCAGCGCCACUGGUACAUCCAGAGCACAUGUGCAACCUCAGGAGAAGGAUUGUACGAGGGUCUGGAUUGGCUCUCCAACAACAUUGCCAACAAGGUCAGCCUUUAAUCUUAUUUUCAAUUUGUGUGUUCAUCGUUUCAAAUUGCACACUAUUAGUAAAACUCAAGUAAUAAUGACCAUUGACCAGAAUCUUAUUUCACCUGCAUUUUAUAUUUUCAAGUAACUCAUACGUCUAUCUCCUCUUACAUUAUAAUGAACUCAGAAAAUUGAAUAGUAUUUUUUUUUUUGCAUAUUCUAAAAGUUGAAUAUUUGUUAUACUAAAUUGUAUUUCUCGAAUUAUAGGCAUAAUCCCUAUGUGGAGCCUUUUUGUGGACAAUCAAUUCUGGAUGCAGGGGUGAAUAUUAUCUAGUUCUUUUUUUUCUCUUUUUUUGUCGAGACAAUUGAAUUGUUGUGUCUAUUGUCAUUUGGUGACAAUCAUUUAGGAUUUUGUUUCUAAUGGUUAUAUUGUAAUAGAAGAAGAAUGGUCGGUUGGAUAUAUGCCCAUUGAGCUUUUGUUUGGGGUUUAAAUACAAUGCUGAGUUGUAAUCAAAAACUAAUUCGACUUUUAAUUUCUUUCUGAAUUGUAUCUC